CACACCGCCAGCAUGUUUUGCUCUGCAAUACGUAAGAUUCUUGUAAAUUCACAAAAUGCGGCUAAAUUCUCGGUGAUUUCCACGCAACUACGAUAUCUUCGUGGUCAACGAAGCGCCCUAAGCGAGAUAGAUGUGCUCCACCCAACGGAUAUAUCCACCAAACAAGAUGACAAGGAACUGGCGGCAGAGACCGCGGCGCGGAAAAGUUACGAGGAAGUGGCCCUGGAUUUUGGGAGUCGGGAGGCCCAUGUGCCUUCCUUUAAUUUGGCGGCGUACGCGAAUAGUUCCAAUACCCUGCAGCAGUUCGUCAAGCUGGGCGUAAAUCUGCACAGCAUAGAGCGGAGGAAGGGCUUGGGCGAGUUUGUCCUGCGGCUGGACUUCGAAAAGAAUGUCAAGCCCUACAUCUCCUUCCUGGCAGACCAGGGCGUCUCAGCCGAUGACUUUGGCAGGAUGUUCACAAAGAAUCCGCUGCUCUUCAAGGAGGAUCUAGAUGACCUGCAGACUCGAGUGGAGUACCUGAAAAGCAAACGUUUCUCAGAGGAAGCCCGGCAAAGAAUCUUUACGCAGAAUCCCUAUUGGUUGAUGUUCUCCACGAGGCGUGUGGACCGUCGACUGGGCUACUUCCAAAAGGAGUUUCGUCUGAGUGGCCACGACCUGCGAUUGCUGGCCACCAGGGAGCCCAAUGUCAUCACCUACAACAUGGAGCACCUGCGCAAGUCCGUGUUUACUCUCAAGGAGGAAAUGGGAUUCAAUGCCAAAGAGCUGAGUGCUCUUAUAGUUCGCAAGCCGCGAUUAAUGAUGAUUCCUCCCGACGAUCUCAUCGAGCGGUUUAGCUACAUCCACCAGGACAUGGGCUUGUCACAUGCCCAGAUUGUUCAGUGCCCCGAACUCCUAGCAUCGCGGGAGUUUCGCCUUAGAGAACGUCACGAGUUCCUCAAGUUGCUGGGCCGAGCUCAGUACGACCCACAAAAAGAUCUGUAUAUAUCUCCGAAGACAAUAGUGGAGGGCAACAACUUUUAUUUUGUGCGGAAUGUGGCCAAGAGCGACUUGAAAACGUUUGAUUUAUUUUUAAAGACGAGAUAACAAAUAAAUACAAUUUUUAAAUCAACUGGAAUACUUGUCUUAUAGUUAUAAGUUAUGAACUGACUUAAUAAAUGUUUAAAAAAUUAAAA